ACACGGAAGCAUGUAAAACAAAACCAAAAACAAGACUUAAUAUUAUUUUGUCUUUUUUCUUUUAACAAAUCCCAACUUUUUCCUUGUUGUUUGUUGUUGCUGAAACUAGAAGAUGGAUUUGCUACCAUCAAGAUAUAAGAUUCACAAGACAAAGUUAAGAUGGAUCUUAACAAUGAUGACGAUGAUGAUGAUGAUGGUGAUGAGAAGAGGAGAAUCAAUGAGAUUAGAUAUGGAAUCAGGUAACACAAAAUGUAUCUCCGAUGACAUCAAAACAAAUUACAUGACCGUUGGGACUUAUUCCAUCGUCAAUCCCAACGAAGGCCACCAUCUUCCUCCUUCUCACAAACUCUUCGUCACUGUGUCAUCUCCUAAAGGGAAAAGCCAUCAUCAUGCAGAGAAUGUAGAGUCCGGGAAAUUCGUGUUCACGGCAGAAGAAACCGGCGAUUACAUGACGUGUUUUGUGGCUCCAGGUUAUAGACCUACCGCAAAAUUCGCGGUUGAUUUCGAGUGGAAAAGCGGUGUAGAGGCUAAAGAUUGGACCACUAUAGCCAAGAGAGGCCAAAUAACCAUGCUAGAGGUGGAGGUGAGGAAACUACUCGACGUGACAGAAACUAUACAUGAAGAAAUGUUUCAGCUCAUAGAGAGGGAAAGGGAAAUGCAAGAGUUAAACCGAUCAACGAAUUCAAGAAUGGCAGCUCUCAGUUUACUGUCGUUCGUGGUAACAAUGUCGGUCGCGGGUUUACAACUACGGCACCUCAAGUCAUUCUUGGAGAGGAAGAAGCUCCUCUGA